GUUUACAUUUCUUGUCGUCUUCAACAGCGGUGUCUGUUGGAGAGUGUUUUGGAGCUAGGAAAACAUUAGUUUGCAUUAGUUUUGUUCCGAUUUUAUCAUUCCAUUGAUCACAAAAAACAGACAAAAUCUACGAUAUUGGAAAAUUAUUUCGUUGAGUGAGAUCAAUGUAUAUUUUCAGACUCCCAGACAUCAAACCCAACUGAGUAGUACAUCUCUUCACAACAUGAUGGAUUCUCCCGAGAAGCUUAUCAGACCGGCAUCAAACAUCACACCGGUGCCAGUGGACAUCUACGCGGUGCUUAGCAUUUUACUCGUUGCGCUAAUGUGGGGUGCAACUAACCCUUUCCUAAAGCGUGGCAGUAUCGGAUACAACCAGCUAAAGGCAAACAGCAAGCUGGGCCAGCUUUGGCUGGAAGUACGAUUUCUCAUCUCUCGUUGGCAGUACUUGCUGCCUCUGCUCAUCAAUCAACUGGGCAGCGUCGUGUAUGUUUUAACUCUGCAAAGGACUGAACUAUCGCUUACCGUACCGAUGGCCAACUCGCUAACGUUCGUAUUUACGGCCAUCACUGCAAGGUUGCUGGGCGAAAGGCAAUCGGGCUGGAAAAUUUAUUGUGGAAUGGCACUAGUCAUACUGGGAACCGUUAUCUGUGGAAUUGAUAAAGUACUGUGAUAGAAUGUUGGAGCUGUUUAUGAAAUAAAUUUUUAAGUAUAUAAAGGAA